AUGCGCCCCAAGUGGUGCCUGCAAUCCACAGCAGCCAAGUUUGGGCCCUUGAAGAAGCAGCUAAACAGAAAGGUCACGAGGCCAGGAAGAGGCAAAGAGGGGGAAUACUGGGCCCCAAACCUCACCAGCAUUACUUUGUGGGCAGCAGAUUUGUCGCUGCUGUUUGAGUGGGCUGCUGAGGUGUCUGUACACCCCAAACGCGUGCAAACCACCACCAUCGGUUCCCUCGUCGCCACCACUGCCAACCACGGGGCCUACGGGCUCUGCGUGAUGCUGGCCUGGGCUGCGUACCUCAGCGCUGAGGAGCAGCAGCAGCAGCAGCAGCAGCAGCAGCAGCAGCAGCCGCAGGAUGAGAUGCUGCUGCUGCAGCAGCAGGUGGAUGCGGUGGAACUGCUGCUACCUCAGGUGUGGGACCAGGCCGCAAUUUUAGACACCCUGAUUAAAGAAGGUGCUGCUGCUGCUGCUGCUCCCGACGCUGCUGCUGCAGCAGGUGCUGCUGCUGCUGCUGCUCCCGACGCUGCUGCUGCAGCAGGUGCUGCUGCUGCUGCUGCUGCUGGUGAGGGUGGUGGUGGUGAGGAUGCUGCAGACACGGCAGCUACGCUGGAGUCGGAUUUGCAGCAGCAGCAACUGCAGCAGCAACUGCAGCAGCAGCAGCGGCAGCAGGACUGCAGCAGCAGCAGCAACAAGGAGUAA